AUGAUAUCCGAUCGGCCCAAUCCGAUCCACGGGUCGGGCUCGCAAGGUUCGGUCGACGAUCGAGUCUCGGGUCGGGUGCGGGCCAUGAUUCCAUUCGAACCGUGCGUGUCCGUCGGCCGUCCACUUCAAGACAUGAAGAGCUUGGGUCUCCUCCUGUUGGCGACGAUUGUCGCCGCAGAACAACGAUACGAUGGGUACGAAGUGCUUCGUUUCUACCCGGAAACCCACGAAGACUUGGCUUUCCUGGCCGAACUGCGAAAGGACAAUCGACUGGAUUUCUGGACGGAAAUCCGUCGACCGACGACAGAUGUCAUGGUUCCACCGAGCAUGAUGAACGAAUUGCAACGUCUCCUCUCUUCGCACCCGAUCGCCCACGACACCAUGAUCCCCGACGUUCAAAAGCUCGUGGAUCUCCAGAGAGCGGGUAUGCCGGAGGACGGAAGCCCCCGAGCCAUGUCAUGGGAUUCCUAUCAUCGAUUGAGUGACAUUCAUGAUUAUCUGGACGAGCUUGCUGCUUCCUAUCCCGAUCUCGUCACCGUCUUCAGCAUCGGAGAGAGUUUCGAAGGGAGGGAUCUGAAAAUGAUCAAGAUAUCCAGCGGGGUGGCGACUCAAAAGAUCUGGAUCGAUGCAGGAAUCCACGCGCGAGAGUGGAUUGCUCCAGCCACGGCCACUUACAUCAUCCGCGAGCUGGUGGAGAACUACGAUGCAAACAAGGAUAUCGUCGAUACUUUCGAUUGGUACAUCUUUCCGGCUCACAAUCCCGAUGGAUACGAAUAUACGCACACUAACGUGAGGAGUCCAGGAGCAAGCGAUGAUCCGUGUUCGGACAUCUUCGCCGGUCCGGAACCUUUCUCUGAAUCCGAAACGGCAGCAGUCGAAUCGUUCCUGAUUCCAGAGAAUGCAGACGGGUCAUUCCAGGUCUUCCUCACCGUGCAUUCCUAUUCACAAGUGUGGCUUUCACCUUGGAGCUGGACAUUGGAACUCCCCGUCGACUACGACGACCUCAGGGAGUUGGGUGAAAUAGCCAUAACUGCCCUGGCUGAAGUCCAUGGAACGGAGUAUGAGUUCGGUGCCACGACCGAAAUUUUCUAUUUCGCGCCUGGACCGUCUGAUGACUGGGCGAAGGGAGCGGCAGGAAUCAAGUAUGCCUACACGAUCGAGUUGAGGGAUACUGGCACUUUUGGCUUCCUUCUUCCUCCCGAGCAGAUCAUUCCCACCGGGGAAGAGACUUGGGCUGCCGUCGCGGCUGUUGCCAGAUUCUUCCAAUAAACACUCUCUGCA